CGCUAGGGUUAGCGCAUCGGAAUCAAUCGUGUUCCUCAUCCGCACGCAGAGACCAAUCCCCCAAUCCAGCCGCCGCCGCCGCCUCCGCCGCUUCGCCUUAGCCUCCGCUCUCCGGCCUCCCCUCCGAUUCGAGGGAUCCGAUGGAGUGCAUCGCCGAGAUGCCCCGCGCGCCGCUGGACAGCCGCCCGCGCAAGCGGCAGCGGCUCGGGUGGGACGUCGGUCCCGCCGAGAUGUACCAGGUUACGCGGCCGCGGCUCGGCUGGGACGUCGGCCCCGCCGAGAUGUAUCAGCUAGGACUUUGUGGACAAGAAGUUGUGAAUGCCAUCAGUGCUGCGGCAUUGGGCCUCUCUUCAGGAUGUGUUUCUUCUCAAGUUAACCAAGAGCAGCCUCGUGAUGGUUCCCCUCCUCUGAGGGAAGAUGACAAGGAUGGGCAUUAUGUUUUUGCUGUUGGAGAUAACCUCACAUCUCGCUAUAAGAUCAUUGCAAAAAUGGGAGAAGGUACCUUUGGUCAGGUGUUGGAGUGUUGGGAUAAGGAAAGGAAAGAAAUGGUGGCUAUCAAGAUCAUCAGGGGCAUUAAGAAGUACAGAGAUGCUGCAAUGAUUGAAAUUGGCAUGCUUGAGCAGCUUGGUAAAUAUGAUGAAAGUAGAUCCAGUUGUGUUCAAAUUCGGAACUGGUUUGACUAUCGUAACCAUAUCUGUAUUGUCUUUGAGAGGCUUGGACCAAGCUUAUAUGAUUUUCUGAAGAAAAACAAUUACCGCUCAUUCCCAAUUGCCCUAGUUCGGGAGAUUGCCAAACAACUGUUGGAAUGUAUAGCAUUUAUGCAUGAAUUGCGCCUCAUACACACUGAUUUAAAGCCUGAGAACAUUCUCCUUGUUUCUCCGGAGUACAUUAAAGUGCCCGAUUACAAAGUUUCAUCUCGAUCCCCAAAGGAGGGAUCCUAUUACAAGCGGUUGCCCAAGUCCAGUGCUAUCAAGGUGAUUGAUUUUGGUAGCACUACCUAUGAUCAACAGGAUCAGAGUUAUGUCGUAUCGACAAGGCACUAUCGUGCUCCAGAAGUUAUUUUGGGACUUGGAUGGAGUUACCCUUGUGAUAUCUGGAGUGUUGGUUGUAUUCUUGUUGAGCUUUGCACGGGCGAGGCGUUAUUCCAGACUCAUGAAAACUUGGAACAUCUGGCUAUGAUGGAGAGGGUUCUCGGACCUUUGCCAUACCAUAUGCUUAAGAGGGCAGAUCGGCACUCUGACAAAUACAUCAGAAAAGGACGCUUGAAUUGGCCUGAGGGUUGCACUUCACGGGAGAGUAUGAAAGCUGUGAUGAAAUUGUCCAGGCUUCAGAAUCUGGUGAUGCAAAAUGUGGAUCAGGCUGCAGGAGAUUUCAUUGACCUUUUGCAAGGGCUGCUCAAGUAUGAUUCAGCAGACCGUUUAACAGCAGAAGAGGCGUUGAGGCAUCCCUUCUUCACCGAAGGGUUUGGGCAAAGAAGAUGAUAUUCCUUGUAGCCCAUCUUCACCGAAGGGUUUGGUCUUACUAUUUGGCAGCCUUCUUCACCGAAGGGUUUGGGCGAAGAAGAUAUAUUCCUUGCAGAGCCUACCGUAUUUGUCUGACUUGAUCUCUUUGUAUCUGACAGUCCGUACUUGGCGUUUUAACUGCCCAGUGGGGUAUAUGUAGGCGGUAGAUAGACCAAUCUGUAUGUAAAGCUGUAAUGAAGUUGUUUCAAUCUUAUUUGAAACAUCGUGUAACUAAAGUUGUGUAUAAUAAAGGGAAGCCAAAUGAUUUGACUCUAUAAAUCUUGACAUUUGAUUUUGGCAUGUCAAUGAAAGUUUGGUUUGAGCAAAA